UCGUGGAUUGUGCGUAUUGAUCUGUGCGUACUGCGUCACAGAGUCACGCGUGUUUUCAAAUCUCCAGCGGGCUAACUACUUAGCAGUUGAAGGGUUAGCCGUCAAAACAAAUAGGGCACCGCCGAGGUAAACAUUAACCAGACCGGUGUUUUUAUGUGUGCACAAAAGUUUUUACUUUACAUUGCAACAUGGCGCCGCCUGUGUGGUCCAAAGGACAGAUGUUGUCCAGGUAUUUUGUGAAUCUGCACCAAGCGACCAGGAGGUUUUCAGAGAAUGCCGACAAAAGCUGGUUCCGUUCCUUAUUUGUGCACAAAGUUGAUGCCAGGAAAGAUGCCCACUCCAACCUGCUGUCAAAGAAAGAGACCAGCAACCUGUAUAAAAUUCAAUUUCACAACGUCAAACCCGAGUUUCUGGAAGCAUACAACGAUCUAGAGGCUGAGGUGCAAACCAGACUCCAUCAGGACCAGGACUACCCAUGCGAGAUGGUCGGAAGCUGGAAUACCUGGUACGGAGAACAGGACCAAGCUGUGCAUCUAUGGCGAUACAAAGGAGGCUACCCGGCCUUGACUGAAUGCCUGAAGAAGCUGAACAAUGACAAGGCGUAUUUAGAGUUUCGGAAAGAGAGGGCAAAAAUGUUGGUUUCAAGGCGAAAUCAGCUCCUGUUGGAGUUCAGCUUCUGGAAUGAACCCAUACCCAGAACAGGACCAAACAUCUAUGAGAUGCGAACCUAUUGCCUCAAGCCAGGAACUAUGAUUGAAUGGGGAAACCACUGGGCGAGGGCGAUCAUGUACAGACAGGAAAACAAAGAAGCGGUGGGCGGGUUCUUCUCUCAGAUCGGCGACCUGUAUGUUGUUCAUCAUUUGUGGGCUUAUGAAAGCCUCCAGUCCCGGGAGGAAACCAGGAACGCUGCCUGGCUGAAGGAGGGAUGGGAUGCAAAUGUGUAUUAUACAGUGCCUUUGAUCAGAAGCAUGGAGUCCAGGAUAAUGAUUCCCACCGAGAGUUCGCCUUUACAAUAAGAAGAUGGCUGAAGCUGGGAGCAUCUCUUUGACUAAAACUCAUUCACCUACUGCCACAGCAACAUGUAGAUUGAUUUUUAAUCUGCUGGAUGAUCUGUAUUACGUUCAACGAUGUAAACUAAAACAUUUUCUGAUUUAUAUAUUGGCACAGCAGCCAGCCAGUCAUGAAACGUAAUGAUGUAUUGUUUGUGUGCAAAGAAUCCUGUGUUUCAUGUUUCAAGAAGUUUAGGUAAAAUAUGUGGAAUGACAAACUGGUACAAUGAAAUGCCAAAUGAUAUGCCUUAAACUACUUGCAUGUUACACUAUGGAUUGAAAAUGACGUGAUUUUGGAGAGCUGGUUGCAGUAUGUUUCCUGCUUUCUGUUUUUAUCAUGAAUUAUGGUAAUUUUAUGGUAGAUUUCAAAAUAAACGUCCGCGUCGCGUAUCCAUAUGUUGGUCUAACCUUGGUUACGUUAUGCUAGGUUAGGAUGAAGUAGGUUGGGUUAGGAGGCGUUAGGUUAGGAUGAUGCACGAUGCUAUUUAACUAUUUAAUUGAAUAAAAGCGAACUUCUUUUAGUUCACCCCUCUCCUUUCUCUGACUGUAGGUGUGUGUGGCGGGACACCCGCCCUUCAUGAAACACAGCGGAGGAGGGAAUGUGAAUGCUCAAUGCAAAGCAAAAAAAAAGAAAUUACCGGUACCCCCCCCCCCCCUGCAGUGCAACCACAGACGCCCUGUUGGAGACCUAUGAUAAGGUGUUAUAAAGUGGACAGGGUGAUUUUAGGGGAUUGUAAAUGUUUUUUGGGAUGUUUUACUUUUCUUGAGUUUUGUCAGAACACCUGCAAUUACCUCCCUCAACACUGCAUCAUCCUACAUCUAAUCUGUAGUCUGUUAUCAAGUCUUGUGUUCUUGUGCAAGAACAUGAGACAAAGUGUGACACACUGUCAAUGCUAUUAUACUACAAUAUUAUUAUUAUUAUUAUAGUAUGUCUGUUUUUCAUUGUUAUCACACUUGGAAGACAUGGGUCAUUUGUGACUCGUGUGUAAACCUGAUGUAGUAAUACAACAACUAUUUUAGUUCAUAAAUUAAGAAAAAGGGAAUGAAAAUAAUGUGGUUUUGAAUGGUUUUAAUGUGAAUUUGUGGUCAUCAAAAACCAGAUAUUUAAUGAACACUUGGAAUAUUACAAAAACACAGUCGCAGCGUUCUCGCACACUGCACCUGCUCACAGUGGCAACCAGGUCAAGUAGUCGUGGCUGUGCCUGCCUUAGGUUGUCCCGAGGUUUAGCAGGGGGAUCUUACCCGUCAUGGGCCAACCAGUCUUCCAUACUUGCCUGUUUUUACUAAAGUAAAUUAACGAUUUAUAACAAAAUAGCUUCACUACACUGCAUUUUACUGACCGAUACACUGCGCUCUAGUUACUUUUCAGAUUUAAAUUUUACAUUAAAAACAUUUUGUCAGGAGACCGAACUGUAGGUUGGGAGCAACUGGACUCUAAUAUCUAACUGUAUAUAACGUAGUUUUUAAACCACAGUAAACAUUGAUGCAUCAGUAAGAACAAUGUCAUUUAUUAUAAUGCAGUAUAUGCAAACAAGUACUUUUACCUUCCUUACAUUUAGUUGAUAAUUAUUUUCGUAGGACUUUAAAUGCAUGAUGGGGUAUGUUUUAAUGAUUGCUAUUGGUACUUGAAUAAAGAAUAUAAAUACUUCGUCCA